UUCAGAUCAGACUCACUCACUUUAUGGACAAGUUUUGAACUCUCAGAGUAUCUCUCUCGCCUAGCAGGGAAAUGGAGUUUGCUCAAUGCACUUCACGCUUGCUAUGCGCCGGUAAGCUCAGUCCUCGAGAAGCUCGACGGAUAACCAACCCGACGAGAACGGUCCCGAAGCAACAGAAAACCGCUCUCAAAUUGGAAACGCGCGUUGGUAACUCGAGAAGGUCUUUGGUGGGUGUGAAUGCUAGAGCAAGCGGCGGUGCUGCCGAGGCCGAGACCAGCACUGCGGUGGUGACGGAGAAGCCUGAAUCGGGGCGUUUCCGAGUGUCUCAAGGCUAUCCGACUCCGUUUGGUGCCACGGCUCGCGACGGCGGGGUUAACUUCGCCAUUUACUCCGGCAAUGCGGUCUCCGCCGUUCUAUGCCUGAUCAGUCUCUCCGAUUUACAGGACAAUAAAGUGACUGAGCAGAUCUCUCUUGAUCCGUUGACUAAUAAGACUGGUGAUGUCUGGCAUGUAUUUCUGAAAGGGGACUUCAAAGAUAUGCUUUAUGGCUACAAAUUUGAUGGAAUUUUUUCCCCAGAAGAAGGACAUUACUAUAAUUCUUCUAGGAUUCUAUUGGAUCCUUAUGCAAAAGCAGUUAUAAGCAGAGGGGAGUUUGGUGCUUUGGGACCUGAUGGUAAUUGCUGGCCCCAAAUGGCCUGCAUGGUACCUUCUUUUGUUGAUGAGUUUGACUGGGAAGGAGAUUUACCUCUGAAGUACCCACAGAGAGAUCUUUUUAUAUAUGAAAUGCAUGUGCGAGGAUUUACAAGGCAUGAAUCCAGCAGAACUAAGUUCCCUGGUACAUACCUUGGUGUUGUGGAGAAGCUUGAUUACUUGAAGGAACUUGGUGUCAACUGUAUAGAGUUAAUGCCAUGUCAUGAGUUCAAUGAAUUGGAGUAUUUCAGCUACAACUCUGUCUUGGGUGACCACAAGGUGAACUUUUGGGGGUAUUCAACUGUCAAUUACUUUUCACCAAUGAUAAGAUAUUCAUCUGGUGGUAUGCAUAACUGCGGCCAUGAUGCAAUAAAUGAAUUCAAGCUGCUUAUCAGAGAGGCACAUAAAAGAGGAAUCGAGGUGGUCAUGGACGUUGUUUUCAAUCACACAGCUGAAGGGAAUGAAAAAGGCCCCAUUUUGUCUUUUAGAGGUGUUGAUAAUAGUGUCUUUUACAUGCUUGCACCUAAGGGAGAGUUCUAUAAUUACUCUGGAUGUGGUAACACAUUCAAUUGCAACAAUCCUGUCGUACGUCAAUUUAUAGUUGACAGCUUAAGAUAUUGGGUGACAGAAAUGCAUGUUGAUGGAUUUCGCUUUGAUCUUGCCUCUAUUAUGACCAGAGGAAGCAGUCUCUGGAAUGCAGUUAAUGUGUAUGGGAAGCCAAUAGAAGGUGACUUGCUGACGACUGGCUCUCCACUCAGCAGUCCUCCAUUAAUUGACAUGAUAAGCAAUGAUCCAAUACUUCGUGGAGUGAAGCUUAUUGCUGAAGCAUGGGAUACGGGCGGCCUAUACCAAGUUGGCAUGUUUCCUCACUGGGGUAUUUGGUCAGAAUGGAAUGGGAAGUAUCGCGACACAGUGCGGCAGUUUAUCAAGGGUACUGAUGCCUUUUCCGGGGCUUUUGCUGAAUGCCUUUGUGGGAGCCCUAAUUUAUAUCAGGGAGGAGGAAGGAAGCCAUGGAACAGUAUCAACUUUGUAUGUGCGCAUGAUGGUUUUACUUUGGCAGAUUUAGUGACUUAUAACGGCAAACAUAACUUGGCAAACGGGGAAGAUAACAAUGAUGGGGAGAAUCAUAACAAUAGCUGGAACUGUGGACAGGAGGGAGAGUUUGUGAGCUUAUCUGUCAAGAAAUUGAGGAAGAGACAAAUGCGGAAUUUCUUCCUCUGCCUCAUGGUUUCUCAAGGUGUUCCGAUGAUACAUAUGGGUGAUGAAUACGGUCACACAAAAGGGGGAAACAACAAUACAUAUUGCCACGAUAACUAUCUUAAUUACUUUCAGUGGGAUAAGAGGGAAGAGUCUUCAUCAGACUAUUUCAGAUUUUGCUGCCUUAUGACCAAAUUCCGCAAAGAAUGUGAGUCGCUUGGCUUAAAUGACUUCCCAACAGCAGAGAGGCUGCAGUGGCAUGGUCAUGCUCCUGGGAUGCCAGACUGGUCUGAAACCAGCCGUUUUGUGGCCUUUACACUGAUUGACUCGGUGAAGGGAGAAAUCUAUGUUGCCUUCAAUUCCAGUCAUUUACCGGUCACAAUUACAUUGCCGGAGCGGCCUGGAUUCAGAUGGGAGCCCUUGGUGGACACCAGUAAGCAAACACCAUAUGACUUCCUCUCCGGUGACGUUCCAGAAAGAAAUACUGCAGUUAAACAGUAUGCGCAUUUCCUUGACGCCAACCAGUACCCCAUGCUUAGCUAUUCUUCCAUCCUCCUCUUACUCUCUCCAGAAGAAAAUGCUUAGCUCAAAGUCGCAUGCGGUCAAAAACCCUACUGCCUUGAAAAUAGAUUGCCUCCAUCAAUUUAGUAUAUAUUCGAAAUCCUUAGAUAUUUCGAUGUAUAUAUAAAAAAAAUAAAUAAAUAAAAAAAAUAAAAAAAGAAUGUAUCAAAAUCCCUGUAUCAUAGUCUUGGAGACUAGCAGAUCGUGGAGCAGUGAACAAAAAUAUAGAUAUUGAAUAUGAAAAGAAGGGAGGAAACAAAGGAAAAAAUAAAUAAAAAAUAAAAGGAACUCAUACCGAAAAAGGGAAUUUAUCUUGUAGGUGUCUUUAUUGUGGGCCACACUAGUAGGUGUCGCCUACAUGUAUCAUAGCAUCCUUUUGUUGGAAAUCAUCUUGUACAUCUU